UAUCCGCAUUCGUGUUUGAAAUUUUGCCGUGAGUGGUGUCGGAACGGAACAGUGUGUACCAAAAAACAGAAGACAGAGCAGUGCAGAGCAUAGCCAAAAACCACAAUUCGCGCGCGUGCAAAUUCUGUGCCUCUCACCCUUCCAACUCCUAACCCGUUGGUGUAACAUUGCUGUGGUGUGGCGAGAGAGGAACUUGUUUUCGGGGCGGGGCGCCACCACAGUCGUCCACAAUAGUCAGCGGUCUGGUCCGGUCCGCGGUCUGCCGCGUGCGUGUGUGCAAAAAAUUAAUGAAAUGUUUUCCCCCGCUUUAUGAAUGAUUUGCACCCGCGAGCAUUUCCCAUAGAAAACAUACCACAAAAAUUAUUAUUGCUGUGUGUCGUCUAUUUUUGUUUGAUUACUGUGCGUGCCAGCAGGAGGUAGUACUAGUACUAUAGCUCCCCCUCGAUCCGGCCAGAUAUUGCCAAUAUUUUCAGAGACUUUGCAAAUAUCUGCUGCUUAGAGAAGGAUUAUUCAGAGAGAGAACGAGAGCCAGAGAGUGAUUGGAAACGCAUGUGUUCUUCGGGUAUAUUCGAGCAACAAUAUGUUUGACAACAAAGUUCCGGCUUUCAAAUUGAAAUUGAAUUUAAUAUAAUAAAUACAAAAAGAGAGACAGAGAGACAAAUACACUGUUUGAAUUGUUAAUGAGCCACAACAACAACAACAACAACGGCACAACAAUAAAAAGUGUUAAAUGCUGAUGACGUUGGAGCUGCCAGUGUCACUGCCAUCUGCCACCAGAAAUUGCCGCUGCCGCUGCUGCUGCCACUCCUGCCACCUAUUCACCAGUGCUGAAAAGUCAAUUAAAGGCGAAUGUCGGAGUCGAAAUACGAAAGCCAUUGGCAAACUUGGCCAAAGCGUAUUUAGCCCGAUAUAAAAGCGGGCACAGCAGACGAGGAACCAGCAAAAGACAGUCCACACACAGCAAAACCACCAUUCAACAGAGAGACAAUCACACAGGCCGACAGGCAGACAGGCAGACAGAGAGGAGACCAGACGGUCAGGCAGGAAGGGCAGAGCCCAGUGUCCAGUGUCCAGUGUCCAGAGGGGAGACGUGAGAGACGUGUAAUGAGCAGACGACGGUCGUCGUCGUCGUCGUCGUCGUCGUUGGCUAGGGCAAUUACCAUGUCGUCGUCCUCGCCGACCUCAUCGCUGUUGUCGCUGCUAGGCCUGGUGCUGGUGGUGCUUGUGGGCUUACUGCAGCCAACAAAUGGCCUGGCAAAUUGUCCAAAUGGCUGUGAAUGCGAUGACGACACCCUGAUGGUCAACUGCGGCGAGGGGCGGCUGGAUGUCCUCCCCAUAGCCCUCAAUCCGGCCAUCCAGCGGCUGGUCAUCAAGAACAACAAACUGAAGACCAUCGACUCGUCGAUGCAGUUCUAUGCGCAGCUGACAUUCCUCGACUUGUCCUUCAACGACAUGGUAACCAUACCAGAGCGCUCCUUCGCCUACCACGCCAAGCUGCAGGAGCUCCAUCUCAACCACAACAAGAUUGGCCAGGUCUCCAACAAGACCUUCACGGGCCUCUCCACCAUCAGUGUGCUCAAUCUGCGAGGCAAUCUCAUUGCGGAGCUCGAGUUCCGCACCUUCUCGCCCAUGGUGCGGCUGGAGGAGCUGAAUCUGGGCCAGAACCGCAUCAGCCACAUCGAUCCGCAUGCCCUCGACGGUCUGGUCAAUCUGCGGGUGCUCUAUCUGGACGAUAACACCCUGACGACUGUGCCCUCGCAGCUGACAUUCCAAAGUCUGCCCAGUCUGGCGGAACUCUACUUGGGCACCAACUCCUUCAUGACCAUUCCCGGCGGUGCCUUCCAGGACCUCAAGGGUCUCACCCGGUUGGAUCUGCGCGGUGCCGGACUGCACAACAUCUCGGCCGAGGCCCUCAAGGGGCUGGAGUCGCUGCGCUACAUGGAUCUGUCGGACAAUCGACUAACGGCCAUACCCACGGCUGCCCUGCAGCGUCUGGGCCGCCUGGAGGAGCUGAGUAUUGGCCAGAACGACUUUGAGGUGGUUGCCUCGGGCGCCUUUGCCGGACUGCGUGAGCUGCGGCGGCUCGAGCUGACGGGAGCCCAGCGGCUGAGACGCGUCGAGAGCGGCGCCUUCACGGCCAACACCAAUCUGGAGCAACUGAAUCUGUCCAGCAACAAGCAGCUGAACGAGCUGCAUGCCAACGCUCUGGGCGGUCUGCCGCAUCUCAGCUCGGUGAUCCUCAAGGAGAAUCAGCUGAGCACCCUGGCCGAGGGCCUCAUACCGUGGGCCGACCUGCAGACCCUCGACCUCUCCGAGAACCCCUUCGUCUGCGACUGCCAGCUGAUGUGGCUGCGCAAUCUGCUGAUCAGCAAGAACGCCAGCAACCAGUACGCUCCGGUGGUGUGCGCCUACCCGGCCACGCUGCGGGAUCUGCCGCUCGCCCAGCUGUCGGAGCCGCUGCUCGGCUGCACCCACGGAGCGGCCAACAAGCAGGCCAUCAUCGGGAUCCUGGUGGUGGCCUGUGCGGCACUCAUCACCACUCUGGCCCUGGUGCUGUACACCUGCAGGCGGCGCAUUCGGGAGAUGCUGAAGGGACACUCGGCGCUGGGCAGGAAGGAGCGCGAGUACCAGAAGACAUUCUCCGACGAGGAGUACAUGACGCGACCGCCGCCCGGCUGCGGGGGAGUGCAUCCCGCGGGUGCGUAUCCCUGCAGCCAGUCGCAGUAUAUGGGCAGUCGGCCGAUUCCAGUGACCGAGCUAUAGCUAGAAGCUCCACCCCCACCUCAGAUGCGGGGUAGGGGUGGCAUCGCCUCCACCACCAGCACCACCGGUAGCAGCACAGCAGCACCGCUGCAGCAGCUGCAAGUGCCCAGCCCCGUCGAUCAUGCCGCCGCCGCCUCCUCCUUUGCCCAGCUCAGCCACAUCCACUACAUGACCAACAACCAGACCCAGAUUCCGAGCCCCAGCCAGACGCAGAUGCACCACUCGCAGCAGGACAUGCGCCUGCUGGCCAACGGCGGUGGCAAGGCUCUGAACGCCGCCUCCCUGCCACGCCACAGGAUGCAGGAGAGCACCCUCUCGCACUACAGCCAGCCCCUUGCCCUUGCCAACGGCAUUCGCCUCACCCAGGACCACUUCAACCACAACCACAGCCACAGCCCGCACAGCCCGCACAGCCACCCACACGGCCACAAUGGGGGCGUCUAUGCCAAGCCCUGCGAUGCGAUGGCCGAGCCGGGCUAUAUCCACAACAACUCGCACUACUCCCUGCCCCUGGAUCACGAUUUACCGCCCAGCCCCACGCCCACACCUCCACCACCGGCCCUGCCUUUGCGCAAUGGCGUUGGCAUGGCCCUGAUCCAUGGCAACACAACCGGACGGCGAUCCUUCAACAGCAACAACAACAACAAUGUGGCUACUCUGUCGAACAACAAUCAUGGUGUAGGUGGAGGAGUGAUCCUGGCCAGCGGCAGCAACAACAACGGCAGUCUGCGUCGCUAUCACUGAUAUACGGGGAAGACGUGCGGCACCCUGGGCCGCACCUUUAAGCCGAAACCCAAUCCGGACAUUGAGCUGUACCAUUUCUACAAGGGUUGAGUUUGAGAGGAUGAGCAGGAGCCGGAGCAGGAGCAGGACCAGGAGCAGGAUAAGGCCUCUUGCGGAUGACGAUUUAUGUGUUAUUCUACCUACGAUCUGUGGAUCCAUUCUAUGAUCUAAUUUAUCUAAUUGUAUAUUCUUAUGUUACGUGUAUUCAGGCGAAAGCAUUUUGUAUAAAUUAGCAUUUAGUUGAGUGAUUAUGAGGAGGGGGAAAAGCGCAGCGCAGCAGCAGCAGGGAAAACCAAGUGUAAAUACAAGAGCGCGCACGGUUUGGCAUUCACUGGAAAGUGGCAGGGAAGCCAGCAGCAGCAGCAGCAGCAAGAAAAAUGUCACAAAAACAGCAACGAGCCGGCGCCCUGCCAACUCUCCUGAAAUGUCAUUUCAUUUGCAUCCAGUGAUCUUAACUAUUAAGUUCUGCUUAAAUUACAAACAAACAAAGAAAAACACUUAAAUUCGUGUAAAUAAUUAGAAGCUUUUUCGAGGAAAAAAUGGGAGAACAAAAUUUACGGAAAUUUCACUAACGAAAAAUGCAAUUUCAUAAAAAUACUUACAUUUAAUUUACGCGCUUAAGCACCAGUCACUAAAACUAUGUAUGUAUCUAGACUAAAUUAUCACCGUAAAAUAAUCAAAAG